AUGUCCAUGCAAAUGAGUGAGGCGGACAGCGUGGUGAAGGUGGCAGAGUGGCAGCAGACCUACUACGCCUCAGACUCCGGCAUCCAAUCAGGAGCCACCACUGUGCGGGACGACGAGAGCAGCACAGAGUACAGUGGCAGCAAGAAGUACACUGAUUUAGACGCUCAGUACUCACUAACACGGGCUCAGCGCGUCAGGGCGGCAAUGUUCCCGGAGACCCUGGUGGAGGGAGAGGCAGCUAUGCCAGUCCAAUCAGAUCCUUCACAGCAGAGCAACGUACAGCGAUUGGCUGAGCCCUCGCAGCUGCUAAAGACAGCCAUCGUCCACCUGAUCAACUACCAGGAUGAUGCUGAGCUGGCAACCAGGGCGGUGCCGGAGCUAACCAAGCUGCUGGCAGACGAGGAUCCGGUUGUGGUCAACAAGGCGGCCAUGAUAGUCAACCAGCUGACCCGAAAGGAGGCGAGUCGGCGGGUGCUUGUGCAGUCCCCGGCCAUGGUGGGCGCUGUGGUGCGCGUCAUGACAACAGCAGUUGACAUGGAGACGGCCCGGUGCGCAGCCAGUGUGCUCCACAGCUUGUCACACCAGAGGGAGGGGCUGCUGGCCAUAUUUAAGUCUGGAGGGAUCCCAGCACUUGUCCGCAUGCUAAGUUCACCAGUGGAAUCAGUCUUAUUUUACGCCAUCACCACCCUCCACAACCUGCUGCUGCACCAAGAGGGAGCCAAGAUGGCGGUGCGUCUCGCUGAUGGCCUGCAGAGGAUGGUUCCAUUGCUGAAAAAGAGCAAUCCCAAGUUCCUGGCCAUCACCACUGACUGUCUGCAGCUCCUGUCCUAUGGCAACCAGGAGAGCAAGCUCAUCAUCCUAGCCAAUGGAGGCCCAGAGGGUCUGGUUUUCAUCAUGAGGAACUACAACUAUGAAAAGCUCCUGUGGACCACCAGCCGUGUCCUCAAAGUGCUGUCUGUCUGUCCCAGCAACAAGCCAGCCAUCGUAGAGGCUGGUGGUAUGCAAGCUUUGGGCCAACACCUUACAGGUUCAAGUCAGCGUCUGAUCCAGAAUUGUCUGUGGACCCUCCGCAACCUGUCAGACGCUGCAACCAAACAGGAGGGGUUAGAUGGUCUGCUGCAGAUACUGGUCACCCAGCUGGGCUCAGAUGACGUUAACAUGUUGACCUGUGCAACUGGCAUCCUGUCCAACCUCACCUGUAACAACUCACGCAACAAGACCCUGGUGACCCAGUACGGCGGCGUGGAGGCGUUGAUCCAUGCCGUGCUUCGUGCUGGGGAGAAGGAGGACGUCGCUGAGCCAGCGGUCUGCGCCCUGCGGCACCUCACCUCCCGACACCAGGAUGCCGAGCUGGCCCAGAAUGCAGUGCGGCUGCACUACGGCAUCCCUGCUGUUGUCAAGCUGCUGGGGCAACCGCACUACUGGCCUGUGGUAAAGGCCACGGUCGGGCUGAUCCGGAACCUGGCGCUGUGUCCGGCCAAUCAAGCGCCGCUGAGGGAGGCGGGUGCUAUUCCACGAUUGGUCAACCUGCUGCUGAAGGCUCACCAGGACACGCAGAGACACGCCUCUUCAGCACAGCAGACAUACCAGGACGGAGUUCGUAUGGAGGAAAUAGUCGAGGGCUGCACAGGAGCUCUUCACAUUCUGGCCAGAGACCCCAUAAACAGAGGAGAGAUCGCCAGCAUGCAGACCAUACCACUGUUUGUACAGCUGCUGUACUCCUACGUGGAGAACGUGAAGCGGGUGUCAGCGGGCGUCCUGUGUGAGCUGGCCCUGGACAAACAGUCUGCAGAGCUGAUCGAUGCAGAGGGAGCGUCAGCACCACUCAUGGAGCUGCUGCACUCCAGCAACGAGGGGAUUGCCACCUACGCUGCGGCGGUGCUCUUCAGAAUUUCGGAGGACAAGAGUUCGGACUACAGGAAGAGAGUGUCAGUGGAGCUCACGCACUCGCUCUUCAAACACGACCCUGCUGCAUGGGAAAUGGCCCACACUGCAGUUCCUCUGGAGCCUACGUACCUGGCUGAUGAGUUAGAUGCUUCUUACCCUCCCUAUGGCUACACUGAUCUGCCUCUGGACACCAUGCCGCUAGACCCUGACCUCCAUGAGCCCUACAUCCCUGAUAUGACGUACGACCCCAGACAGGCCUACCCUGAGCCGCUCUAACAGGAGAAUAAAUUUGAAACGCUGAGAGAGAAAGAGAGAAUGAGCAAAUCACAGGAACAAAGACUGAGGGGAUGGAUGGAUGAUGGAGAGUGGAGGUUUUAA